AGUGGUGCUGGGAAAACAGAGAGUACGAAGUUGUUGUUGCGGCACAUAAUGAACCUAUGCAAAGGCAACUCGCAGCUGGAGCAGCAGAUACUUCAGGUGAAUCCGUUGCUUGAAGCUUUUGGCAAUGCCCAGACAGUGAUGAAUGACAACAGCAGCCGCUUUGGAAAAUACAUACAGCUGCGUUUCCAGAAAAAUACAGUGCAAGGUGCAAAGCUGAAUGAGUACCUGUUAGAGAAGUCACGAGUGGUGCAACAAGAUGCUGGGGAAAGGAAUUUCCACAUCUUCUACUACAUGUUUGCUGGUCUAUCUUCAGAGCAGAAGGAGAUGUAUGGGUUAUUGGAUCCUUCACUCUACAGGUACAUAAGUGGACGGUUUGGUACACAGGAAGUAGCUGAACGCUGGAAGCACAAAUACCAAGAGGUUUGCAAUGCCCUUGACAUGGUGGGCUUCCAAGAACAGGAGCAAGUGGACAUGCAGGCUAUCUUGGCUGGUGUGUUGUCUCUGGGCAAUGUGACUUUUGAUCCUGAGGAGAGCAAUGGGUCUGUAAAAGUCAAUGAAGCCUCUCGGGGAUGGCUGAAGGCUGCAGCGGGUCAGUUUGGAGUCCAGGAAGAUGAGCUGCUAAAAUGCCUGAUUUGUACGACAUCAGUGACCCGAGGCGAGCAGAUCCAGCGUUUUCACACCCAGCAGCAGGCAGAAGAUGCUCGGGACUCCAUUGCAAAGGUGGCCUAUGGCCGAGUGUUUGGCUGGAUUGUUAGCAAGAUCAAUGAGCUGCUGGCUGAAAAUGUGGACCCUGAGGUGGAACUGAGGGAGAUAGGCAUAUUGGAUAUUUUUGGAUUCGAAAACUUUGCAGUGAAUCGUUUUGAACAGCUUUGCAUAAACUUGGCCAAUGAGCAGCUGCAGCAUUUCUUCAACCAUCACAUUUUCCAGCUGGAGCAGGCUGCCUAUAAGGAAGAAGGGCUGCCUUGGGAGACUAUCACAUUCAACAAUAAUGAACCUAUUCUGAAUCUGCUCCUGGCCAAGCCACUUGGGCUGCUGUCUCUUCUGGAUGAGCAGAGUGCAUUCCCUCAGGCAACUGAUAAGACAUUUGUGGACAAGCUAAACAGCAGCUUUAAGAGGAGUUUACACUUCCAGCCAGCCCGAGGUCGUGUUUUGGGCUUCAGCAUCAUGCACUAUGCUGGGAAAGUACAAUAUGCUGCCAGGGGCUUCCUAGAGAAGAACAGAGACACCUUGCCAGCCAAUAUCCGUGAGCUCUUCAUCAACAGCAUCACCCCCUUGCUCAGUGUACUGUUCACAGCCACUAUCUCCAGGACAGGGACCCUGAUGCCUCAUGUGAAAGCUAAGGUCGUACCAGGAGCAGAAGACAAGUUCCACAGCACACGGAAGCAGUCUGUUGGAGCUCAGUUCCGGCAUUCCCUGAUGGUGCUCAUGGAGAGGAUGUAUUCUGCUGACCCACACUUUGUGCGCUGCAUAAAGCCCAAUAACCAGAAGGAGCCAGGUGUGCUGGACAAUCAGGUGAUGCUGCUGCAGCUCCGGUACAAUGGGCUGCUGGAGACAAUCCGUAUCCGAAGAGAUGGUUUCUCCUGGAGACCCUCCUUUGAGGAAUUUGCUGAAAGAUACGGAAUUCUUCUAGUUAAACCUGGUGUUCCCCUCACAAAAGAGAGCUGCUUGGAGAUACUGCAAAGUACAGAGCUGAAAGGCUGGAUUUGUGGAAAGUCUCGACUUUUCUUUAAAUAUUGGCAUCAGGAGCAGCUGGCAAAGCAUGUGGAGCGACUGGAAAGAGCAGCAGUUAUCAUACAGAAAGUUUUUAGGGGAUUCAGAUGCAGGAAGAGUUUCCUAAAGCUCUCGGCUGAGCUGAGAGCUCGAGCACAGCAGCUACAGGAGGAGGCAGAGAGAGAAAGACUCCGGCAGCUGGCACUGGCAGCAGAGGCCCAAGAAAGAAACUCCUUUCCAGUGCCCAUGCCACGGAAGAGGUGCCCUCAGUCUAGUCAUCCUUCUGGUCAGUCACAGCAGCCACCAGUGCCACGGCCACGCAGCAAACUAACAGAGUCCACUCCUUUUGAUAACUUCUUAAACCCUUCUGUGCCUCGUCCUGUCCUGGGAACUGAGGAACAGACUGGGGAAGAAGCGAAAAUGAGGAAACUCAAGAGGGGAGCAACUGUGCGCUGGUUCAAAGAGACACAGGCCCAGAAGGUCGUGCAGGAUGACGGGGCCUUUCCAAGCUGGCUGCAUGGCAUGAUCAGUCGGAGGGAAGCUGAAAACUUGCUGAUUGACAAGCCUUUGGGUUGCUUCCUUGUUCGGAUCAGCCAGAGCAGACCUGGCUACAUCUUGACAUACCGGGGCGAAGGGCGCUGCAGACACUACAUGAUCCAGGUGCAGCCCAACGCACGCUACGUCAUCCUGGGGGAGGACCGGGCCCACGCCUCGCUCACCGAGCUGGUGCGCUACCACCAGGCCGUGGGCAUCCAGCCCUUCAUGGAGAUCCUGACUGUCCCCUGCGGGCAGAAAAGUAGUGAGAGCUUGUGUUACGAAAACCUGGAGGAUCUCACGCUGAGUUCACAAGCAGACAAGGAGGAAGCCCCUUCAGAGAAGCAGUCCUGUCCCUCCCUGCCUUCCAGCAGCAAACCUGCUAUGCAGUGGUUCAGGAGGACCAAGAAUAUCCAAAACCAGGAGACCUCAGACAAGGGGAGAGCAAAGCCCAGCUCUGCAGAGUGCAGCCGACGAGCCUUCCCUCGUCUCCGCUCUUCCAUACACCUGGCAAUACAGGAAAUCCAGCAGUUCACUUCCACUCCCAUGAGCUGUCUAAACAGAGGAGCUCACUGCACUGAGGAUGUGCUGCCCAAGUAACAUGGUCCAAGUGGCUCAGACCUGUCCUCUUCCAGUGCUGUUGGGCCUUGCCUAACAGUGAACACAUCCAGACAUACAGCAGCUUUUUGUUUUUUUUUUAAUUUCUGCACCCAGCUGGCCCUGUGCUUUUAGACAAGGCUGAUGCAGAAGUUCACUUUCCUCAUCCUCAGCACUGAGCCACAGUGUGACUGCAGUAUCUGGACCACUCUGAUCCUGCAGAGGGGAGAGGAUGGGAACAGUCACAUUCUGCACAGACCCACAGUGCCUGACAGUCUGUGUGUCAGUACUUCAGUGUUCCUGGAGGCUGUGAAUAGUCACAAACUGGGUAUCUCCCAACAACCUCUUCUGUCACAAAUAUCUGAUUACCUACCUCUUUCUCUUUAAAUAUUCUCUGUUUUGGUCUUUUGUACCUGCUGCUCUGGGAGCCAAGGGAAGUUGGGCUUGGGCAGUAAAAAUUAAAACUGAGACAAGGUCAAGAAGAUCUUUCUUGUAGAGGGGAUUCACUGCCCUUGCAUCAGUGUGCUGGCACACUGCUCCACAGCCCUUAACCAGAGCUAAAGUCAGGGAGUCACUGGUGAAACCCUCUCACUCAUCCUGGCUGAAAUCUCUACUAGUCCAGGCUGGAAAACAUGCUGCUUUACGCUGAGGGUGGGUAGAGGUCUUGGAGUAUAAAGGACCAUACUACUUGUACUGUCUUUACCUUUACUGUACCUUUUAAAAUAAAUUUCCU